AAAUCUUAAAAUGUGAGCCAAGUUUUUGUGUAUCUAUAUGCAAAGAUAUGCUUUAAAGACCAUUUAACACUAAAACGCGUUUAAGAAAAGUUUUCCGUGAAAAUAUGCAGUUUGAUUUAGUAUACAAAGAAUUAGGAGAAUUCGGUUUAUUCUCAAAGUACAUUGUGUAUAUAGGCUCACUAUGCAGCACGUAUGCUGGGUUUUUGUUUGUUAUUUCUUUCUUUGUUCUUGGAAUUCCUGAUCACAGAUGUGCACUUCCGGGAUGGGACAACGACACGUAUGAAAUCCAGAAUGACCUUCACCUUGCCGCAAUAAACAGAACUAUACCUCUAGCACCGCCCACAGAGUCAUUCAAGUAUGACCAAUGCAGUUACAGGACAGUGUCGGAAAAUGGUCUUAUUUCCGAGAAAAAGUGUGACAGUUGGGUCUAUGACAAGUCUAUAUUUAGUUCAUCUUUAGCAGCAGACUUAAACAUGGUGUGUGACCGGGCCAUCCUCAAAUCGAACGCUCAGAUGGUGUUCUUUGGUGGACUCUUGGCUGGCUCCUUCUUAACCGGAUUAUUUUCAGACAGGUUUGGCCGGAAGCCGACAAUGUGUCUAUCCUCAAUCUUCUAUUUCCUGGCUGCCAUGGGUAUUGCGUGGACACCAAGCUAUGUUGUCUAUGUCUUCUUGACAUUUUGUGUAGGAUUCUUCGCUGUCGGCAACUUUAUGCCGUCCUUUGUAAUGGGCAUGGAAUUCGUCGGUCCAUCAAAGAGAAGAUUUGCCGGGCUUGUAGGUGGUUAUUAUUGGAUGGUGGGAAAUCUGAUCCUUGCUGGUUUAGGUUACGGUAUCCGGGAUUGGAGUACUCUACAGAUAGUAUGUGCAGCUCCGGGUAUUUUCUUUCAGCUCUUCUGGAUUAUAUUUCCGGAAUCACCGCGCUGGUUAUACACCCAGGGUAGACUAGAAGAGUGCAAGGCAAUUAUCCGUAAAGCUGCCAAGUGGGACAAAGUUUCGUUGCCGGAUAAAUUCUUUAACAAAGUAUUUCAAGAGGUUCCAGAGCCAAACCAGGGAAAAUUAUGGCAUUUGUUCACCAAUAGAACCCUUUGUAUACGGACAUUGAUUAUCUUCUUUAACUGGUUCGUUGUAUGCUUGGCGUAUUACGGGCUUGCCUUGAAUAGCGGAGAUUUAGGUGGAAACAUGUACCUUAAUUUCUUCCUGCAAGCGUUCAUGGACUUCCCGGCAACCACCAUUACAUUGGUCCUCCUGGACAGAACUGGCAGAAAACCCUUGCUGGUAGGAAGUAUGAUAAUAGGAGGGCUUGGUUGCCUAGGAACCGUGUUUACCAUCAUGUAUGGUGGAGAAGAGUACAGCAUCGCAACAAAAGUUCUAGCUAUGCUUGGGAAGAUUGGGGCUUCUGCAGCUUUCUCCAUGGUGUACGUAUACUCAGCCGAAUUAUUUCCCACUGUUGUACGGAACGCUGGGAUGGGUUCGAGCUCGUGUAUGGCACGUGUUGGUGGCAUGAUUGCUCCCUAUAUAGCCGAUUUGGAUCGUCUGGUCGGAGGGAGUUUUGGAAAAGCUCUGCCUCAAGUUGUGUUUGGAACGUUAUCAAUAAUUGCUGGCUUAUUAGCCCUUUAUCUUCCGGAGACACUAAAACGUAGUUUACCGGAAACUAUCGAACAAGGGAUUAAAUUUGGAAGUGAUGAGGAAGAGAAAGUUAAAGAAUCCGACAAGGAAAUUCACAUAAACAAAGCAUUUGAUGACUCUUUGUCAUCAACACAUCUUUAAAACAACGAACUUUUACGUUACUAGAGACAAUGUUGCUAGUGAUUUUCUGAUCUAAAAUUUGUUAAUGAUUUUUUAUAUACAUGAUUUGCGUAUAUUCAGUGAAGCUUUUUUUAUUUUUAUCAAGGAUAUUUAUUUCAAUGAGAUAUCGAAAUAUAUUUCACCGGUACAAGAAUACACAUUCAUUUUUUAUAAGGAAAACAUGUAGCCAGGAGUGAAAGACACAUUUGACCCAACACCGAAACUAAUUAAUAUAAUCUUUAUAAUUUAUUCUGAUAUUUCAGAAAUCAGCUGAAACAUGAAACAAAAUUUGUAUAUUCGUGUUAAUUCUUUAUGAAGAAUCAUUAUUUUUUUAUAUAUUUAUAUCUUUAGCCAGACAAAAGAAUUGCUAAAAAUGCAAUAGCCAACACUCGCUAGUAUUUUUAGCCAAAAAAUUAGUAAGGAACAGUGUAAUGACCAUGUAAAUUGAACAUUAAACUUUAAAUCACAAAAUGGUAACGUUCAUAGGUAAAACGUGGACAUAAGUUUGACAUACAAAGAGUAUUAGAUGUAUAUUUGCCAAGCAAGAAAACAGAAACAAGAACACAACAAUGUGUAAUAAAUGAAAUGGAAGAGGAGCAUUAUGAAAUACAAAUCAUUAAAAUGAAUGAAUGUGUCAUUAUAUUUUUGUAAAUGCUAAGCAAAUGAAAUUUGUUCAUUUCACUCUACUCUUCGCUUAGAAAACAUACAAUGCAUUCAUUACAUAAUGUAUACGACACUCAUGCCAAACAGA